AUGGGGCCGCUUGGCAACCAUGCAGAGCUCAAGGGGGUGCAGCUUGGCAGUGCAAAGUUCCGUGCCUACGUCCUCUUUGCCCUUGCCACCAGUGCCUUUGCUGGCUACGUGGGUGGCGGCCACGGGGUCAGCCAAGGGCUCGGCCAUGGCCUUGGCUACGGCCUUGGUUACGGUCUGUCUAGUUACGGCCUAUCCCAUGGCAUUGGCUACUCUGACCUGACUGGCUACGGCCUUGGUUACGGUUAUGGCUACGCCCCAUCGGUGGCCCGCACUCUGUCCACCUACCAAGCCGCCCCAGCGGUUGCCACAUACGCUGCUGCCCCAUCUGUGACUAAGGUCGCCACCGCAUACCAAGCCGCCCCAGCAGUCGCUACCUACGCCGCUGCUCCAGUUGCCACCUAUUCUGCUGCCCCAUCAGUCGCCAAGGUUCAAACCUAUGCUGCUGCCCCAGUCGCCACCUAUGCCGCUUCCCCAGCUGUUACCAGGGUAGCCACCUAUGCUCGUGCCCCAGUGGCCACAUACGCUGCUGCUCCGGCCAUCAGCAAAGUUGCCACCUAUUCCACUGCCCCUGCUGUGACCAGGGUUGCCACUUAUGCUCGUGCCCCAGUCGCCACUUACGCUGCUGCCCCAGCUGUCUCCAAGGUUGCGACUUAUUCUGCUGCUCCGGUUGCCACCUACGCUGCUGCCCCUGUCGCCACGUACGCUGCUGCUCCAGCUGUCUCCAAGGUUGCGACUUAUUCUGCUGCUCCGGUUGCCACCUACGCUGCUGCCCCUGUCGCCACGUACGCUGCUGCUCCAGCUGUCUCCAAGGUUGCGACUUAUUCUGCUGCUCCGGUCGCCACCUACGCUGCUGCCCCUGUCGCCACGUACGCUGCUGCUCCAGCUGUCUCCAAGGUUGCGACUUAUUCUGCUGCUCCAGUUGCCACCUACGCUGCCGCCCCAGCUGUGGCCACUGUUUCCCACGGAACUCCAGCUUUCGCCACCUACGCUGCUGCCCCAGCAGUCGCCACUGUUGCUCACGCUGCUCCAGCAGUUGCCACUUACGCUGCCCCAGCUCUCGCUGCCUACCAUGCGGUUCCAGCCUAUUACAGCUAUGGCGUCGGCAAUCUCGGAUACGGUGCCGGGCACUACGGCUACGGCCAUGGUCUCCUUGGCUACGGCCUGAACUAUGGGUACGGUCUUGGCACCCCCUACCAUUAUGGUGUCCUUCUCCGCAGGAAGUGGGCCCUCAGAAAAGAGACAGGCUGA